UCGGUCGUACUCUGUCAACGACCAUGAAAGGACCCAACACUUGUUCUCUUCCCAUUGAUUUUCUCACCAUCAGUCGCUUUCUUUAUAAAACCUCCCCAGUCCAAAUCAUUAACGGUCUCCUCUGAUUUUCCGAGCAACCAAACAAGAAAUUUAAUCCCAAAAUCCCGUUUUCCCGCUUCCGAGGGUAAGUGAGAGAAAAGCGAAAGAAAAUUGAGAGAGAAUCCAAAGGGAAGUUCCCCCGAACAAGAAACUGAGAGAAAAAUUAUGACGAUCGAGGCGGCAGCAACACCUACGCCGGUACCCGCACCUGCAGUACCGCCGACUGGGAAUGCGGAGACACAGAAGAAGAACAGAAUUCAAGUGUCGAAUACCAAGAAACCUCUCUUCUUCUAUGUCAAUCUUGCAAAAAAGUAUAUGCAGCAGCACAAUGAGGUUGAGCUUUCUGCCUUGGGGAUGGCAAUUGCUACGGUUGUCACUAUUUCUGAAAUAUUGAAGAAUAAUGGUCUGGCUACUGAGAAGAAGCUUUUGACAUCUACCAUUGGCAUGAAGGAUGAGAAUAAAGGGCGGUUGGUUCAGAAGGCUAAGACCAUCUAA